AUGAAUGCCUGGCUAACCGACGGCUCGAACCUUCCCAACCACGAUAAUGGCGCUUUUCAUCAGGCGACCAUUGAUCCUUCAGCAGCAUUUCUCCACGCCUCGCCUACUCCCGACCCUAAUCAGUUCCAGCGGAUGUUCAACGGCGUGCCGCGAAAUGCCUCUCCUGGCUUCCACAACCCUAACCAGGUGAUUCCAUCCAAGAGGCCAAGGCCAGAAGAUGGCCUCUCAAUGUCCCCUAGGCAGGCACCCGGUGGACUUGCUGCAUCGCGUUCGCAAACGCCCCAUCAAGUGCCAUUCCCAGGGUAUCAAGGACCAGCGAACGGCACUCCGCAUUUUGCUCCACAUCCCGCUCAGUAUCAGCAUCUCCCACAAGGAGCCACUCCAAAUGUCACACAGUCCCCCAUUAUGCAGGACUUCGACCAACAUGGCGUACAGAGGAUGGGAACAGCAUCCCCAAGCCCAUUCUCUUCCGCUGGCCCUCUUGGAACUCAAAUGUCGCCAUCGCAGGCGGAUCACCCAAAUAGAGUUAACACACCACAAAAUAAUUCGUUCAUUCCUGGCCAGGCUUUCCCUCAAGGCAUGGGGCCGCAAUUCUCACCGGCGAAUGCUAUGUCAUCCGGUGCUGUGCAAGCACCAAUGCAGGCGCAUUACAGUGCCAUGCCUCAGGGAUAUCAGCAGGCAAUGGCUGCCCAGCAGCAGCAGCAGCAGCAGCAGCAGCAGCAGCGAAUGCAUGCCAUGCAAAUGCAAAACCAGGGUCGUCCCAUGAAUAUGAAUCCCGCUAUGGCCGGUCGUCCCGUUGCAGCUGGGAUGAAUGCUAUGGCAAACCCCCAGCAAAUGGCAGCCAUCAGACAGAUGCAGCAAACUAUGUCGAAACCUCCCAAUCCAGAAGGGUUCAUGAGGUCGCUGCAGAAGUUUAUGAUGUCUCGUAAUAUGCCCCUUGAUCCAAACCCGAUUGUGUGCGGCCGCCCGGUCAAUUUGGUCCAGCUCUAUGCUACAGUCAUGAAAUUGGGUGGCUCAAAGAAGAUAACGGCUACGAAUAUGUGGCCUGUUAUCGCCCAACAGCUUCAAUUCCCGCCGAUGCAAUUCCCCAUGGCUGUGCAAGAAAUUCGUGAACAUUACCAGCGGAAUCUCGCUGCUUAUGAGCAAGCAUUUCUCAGUACCCAGCAGAAGCAGUUCGCAGAUCAGAUGCAGCAGCAGGCUGCACUACCCCGCCAACCUAGUGAUCCGUCAGGCAUGCAGUUCCAGUCGCAGGCUGUAAAGCCGCCCCAAGCAUUCGAGAAUCCGCAACAAAUGGGACAUCCCUCUCCUAGUAUGCCGUCGGUAUCAAACAAUGUACAGAAUAAUGCUUCGAAUGGGUUUGCAACUCCGACACAAGUCAAAGCACAAACCAAGCAACAGCAUCAACAUCGACUUAGUGUCUCUCGUCAAUCUCAACCACCAACAAUGCCACAUGACCCUACCGGCCAAGCACAAAUCCAGUCACCUGCGCAUUCGGGGAAGGGCUCUAUCUCUGCGUCAGGAAAAAGCGCCGAACAAUUUGACCAGUCGCCAAACCUGCCCUUAAAACAUCCGAUUGAAGAUCCUUUCAAACCUAUGAUUUUGUCAGAGAACAAUUUCCAUGGCCCUGUUGCUGUGGAUGAGAUUUAUCAACUUGGCGAAGACAUUUCAAGGCUAAAACCCAAUGUUCCUACCUUUACUGAACUUGGUGUUAUUGAUAUCCACGCACUUACAAUGAGCGUCAAAUCCGGCAUCCAUGCGGAGAUGCGUAUGGCAUUGGACAGCUUGGCAUCCAUAUCUUGUGAACCAGCUAUUCAGAUUUCGCUAGACAACUGCGAGGAUUUGGUUGAAAGCUUGAUCGAAUGUGCCGAGGACCAGGCGGAAUUUCUCGCUGAACAUGCACCAGAAGUAUCAGAUAUGAUGCUUCUUCCCUCGUAUGAAGAGAUUACCCGUGGAUGUCAGUCAGAGUGGACAUCCCUGGCAGAUAUUCCAGAAUUUGGAAGCCUCGAGUACGAGCUAGAUCGAGCAGUUGAUAGACUUAUUUGCAUAACAACUAUCUUGCGCAACUUUUCAUUUACCGAGUCGAAUUUUGGAAUCCUGGCAAUGCCCCCUGUUAUCCAGUUUUUGUCCACCAUAAUCCGCUAUUUAGGGACUCGAAGCAUGCUCCUAAGGAGUCACCAAAACACGUUGGAUUUCAUGAAGGACACCGUCAUUUACCUGAGUAAUCUGGCCCACACUAUUCAGUUGCCCAGCAAAGAAGAGGCUCUCUGCCUACUACAUUUCCUUUUGGCCUUCGCUCCAUUCCCAGGCCCUGUUUUGGGACCGGAAGGAGUCAUGUUCUCAACUUUCAACCCCUCUGUUCAUAAAUACACACCCGCAGCAGCGGAUAGCUUAGCUAAGCUAUUGGCUCGAGAUGAACCGAAUCGAACUUUUUUUAGAACGAUCUUCGUCGGAGAAGGGGGUGGGGUUUCUCAACAGGAGCUGCUCACACGCUCGUUUGCGCUUGCCAUUUGUCCGGUUCCCGAUCAGCCGCGGAAGCCCCUAGCCAUAGCAGAUGCUCGCAAAGUGUUCCUCAUGCAAGGAUUAUUAGCUGCGGAUAUCCUGUGCGGGUUCGCGGAUGGGAAUCUUGCUAAAGCGUGGCUCGAAUCUACUGACGGGUUCGCAAUACAUCUCCUUCGGCUUUCCUGUCUUCUGAGCACGGAGCGUGUCCCUCCCACUAAUACCAACCCCCGUCAAUCCCAUGCUGCCAGAGGACAAGCGGAAGCGGAAGCGUCUGCCUAUAGCUCUAUUAUAAACCGGGGCCUAGCGAUUCUGCGACGGCUAGCCGAGAAGUCCAAACAUGCUGACACGAACAACACAUUGCGAUUCCCAUCCGGGAUAAUUCCCAAGAAAGAGAGCCUCCUGGGGGCCUUACUGAUGCCAAACGUGGACCCUGGUGUUGUUCGGCAGCUUAUAACGUAUGCGCGAUUAGCAGAGUGA